AUGUCUCUCGCAGGGAAAGUAGCACUUGUCACCGGCGCCUCGUCUGGCAUCGGUCGGGCGACUGCUCUACGACUAGGCGCCGAAGGCGCCACCGUCGUCGUGGGCUACGGUAUUGAUCGCGACAGCGCAGCCGAGGUUGUAACUCAGAUUGGAAGCACAAAGGCGAAGGCGAUCCAAGUCGACACGGGCAAGGUAGUCGAGAUUGAGAAUCUAGUGAAUGAAACGGUCAAGGCGUUUGGGAAGAUCGACCUUCUAGUACCCUGCGCAGGCAUCAUGCCCACUGGGCCACUGGAGAGUCUGACUGAAGAGGCUUUCGACAAGACGUUCAACAUCAAUGUCAAGGGGCCGCUCUUCCUCGUCCAGAAAGCAGCACCGCACAUGGCCGCCGGCUCUCGCAUCAUCCUGCUUUCAACAACACUGUGCCAUGCAUCCACCGUCAUGCCGCACUAUCUGGCCUACAUAUCGAGCAAGGGGGCAAUCGAGCAGGCGACCAGAGUCCUCUCGAAGGACCUGGGAAAGAAGGGCAUUAACGUCAACUGCGUCGCUCCUGGGCCUACCACCUCUAAGGGGUUCAAUGCCAACCAGACGGAACAAUCGCUCAAGAUGGCUGCAUCACUCAACCCGAAUGGCCGCAUUGGGCAGCCAGAAGAGAUUGCAGAUACGAUAUUGUUCUUGUGCCAGGAUGCCAGUCAGUGGGUCAUGGGGCAGACGCUGAAGGUCAACGGUGGCAUGGCCUGA